GGCUGACCCACCCUGAUCAGGAAAUAUAAACUCAGUGUAGACAGCCUGGAGAAAUCAGUUGGAGGUUCCAGGCACCCAGGAUCUUCAGUGAGGACCAGUAAGCCUGCUUGCAAGAAUGUGCUCCCUCCCCAUGGCAAAAUACUACAUAAUUAAGGAUGCAGAGCAGAAGGCUCUGUACAUGAGAGAUGGCCAGUUCCUGGUGGGAGAUCCCGAUGCAGACAACUGUCAUGCAGAGACCAUCUGCAUACUCCCCAACAGAGGCCUGGAACGCACCAAGUUCCCUAUCUUCUUGGGGGUCCAGGGAGGUAGCCGUUGCCUGGCGUGUGUGGAGACAGGGGAGGGGCCUUCCCUGCAGCUGGAGGAUGUGAACAUCGAGGACCUGUACAGGGGCGGAGAAGAGGCCACCCGCUUCACCUUCUUCCAGAGAAGCUCAGGCCCUGCUUUCAGGCUCGAGGCUGCUGCCUGGCCUGGCUGGUUCCUCUCUGGCUCCUCUGAACCCCAGCAGCCCCUGCGACUUACCAAGGAGAGUGAGCCCUCAGCCCACACUGAAUUCUACUUUGAACAGAGUCGAUAGGGAGGCAGGAAGCUUCCUUGGAGCUGAUAAUUGAAUGGGAGAAACACUAAACAAGCAAAUACACAAACAAGAAAACAGACAAGGGCAAUUUGCAUGAGAGAGGGUGAGGGCAGUAGAUAUUCAAUGGUAACAUUAGAGAGGGCAGUCAGGGGAGGUGACUCUGACUUUUUGGAAGAGGUGACAUUUGAGCUGAUGCUGAAGGAUACAAGGCAGUGCAAGCAGGAAGGGAUGCAGGAGAGAAAUAGCAAACACACAGCCCUGAGACAGAAGGGGCUCAGUGUGUCCAAAUAGUAGUGGAAGGCUUGGGGGCUGCAUCCUGGAGAGGGUUAGGAGAUGGACAAGACCAGCAGAGGACUGGAUCAUGGUGGGGAUCUUGAAGGCAAAUAAGUAUUUUCACUUAUUUUUAAGUGCCAAAGGAUAUGGGAAAAUUUUAAGCAGAAGAAAGACAUGCCAGGCUUUGUGGCCCUAAUAAAUUUAGACUCUUUCCCUGCAUGUUCCUCA